GCUUCACAGUUAGAACGAUGAGUUACCAACCGUUGGGAGUUCUUCUGCUGGCUCUAUGUCUGGCCCGGAUUGCGGCCAGGCCAGGGCCACAGAAUCCAUUCGAGAGCCUUAGCUUGGGCGCCAUGAGUCUGGCCGGGAAUAUAGCCGAGGUCAUUCAGGGUGGCGGCGCCAUUAACCGUGACCUUGACAUCGGCAAUCCUCUACUAUCUAUGAAAUCGAAAACUUCUAUGGGUUACGGCGAUGCCAUACGUCCAAUUGCGGCUGAUUCAUCCGAGGAGGAUCGUCGUCGUCGUCGUCGAAGGAGGAGCCUGCAUCGUCAUAGACGAGCACCGUGUUUCUGGAAAAUGGGCAGUGCCGCCACAACAGCAUCUUCUGCCGACGAUGAGGUAGAGGCAAGGAGAAGACGGGCACGUAAGCGUGCCGCUAACAAUGCCUCACGAUCUCGUGUUAGUCCCAAGACCAGUACCAAGAAGAAGUUACAACGCCGACGACGUCAGACGCCACCGGGCACAGAAAUGGCACCGAAUAUGGGCGGACCGGAUACCAUGGGCAUAGGCGAUCGCAUCAAGUCCAUGUGGAUGGCCUUUGUGAACAAUGUUACGGAUGUGGUGCAGCAAGUGCGCCAGAAAAUCUCCGAAUCGGCUGGCGCAGCGGUUUAAGGUUACCUUACCUUAACCAGGAACCCCCAGGAACCUUGAUAGGGUGAUUUUUUUUUGUUUUUGUUAAUAAGUGCAAUAAAAAAAGGAAAUGGAAACCGGAA